AGCAAGUCUAAAACAUGGCUCUAGUUCGGAUAGAAGAAACCCCUAGAUGGAAGAAACUCUUGGGUUAUGUCGGACCUGGUUUUCUCGUUUCUGUCGCCUAUCUUGAUCCCGGAAACUUGGAAACAGAUCUACAAGCUGGUGCAGACCACAAAUUCGAGUUGCUAUGGAUCGUACUUGUUGGGCUGAGCUUUGCUUUAAUAAUCCAGUCUCGUUCGGCAAAUCUAGGAGUGGCUACAGGAAAGCAUCUUGCUGAGCACUGCAAGGCAGAGUACCCAACUUCAGUGAAUUACUGUCUGUGGAUACUUGCGGAGGUUGCUGUGAUAGCUGCGGAUAUCCCAGAAGUCGUAGGAACAGCAUUUGCUCUCCACAUUCUCUUCAAAGUACCCAUAUGGAUUGGGGUCCUACUAGCUGGAUUGAAUACUCUUCUACUCCUUGGACUGCAACGAUAUGGUAUAAGGAAGCUGGAGGGUGUAAUUGGCUUGCUAGUGAUGGUACUAGGCUGUUGCUUCUUCACCGUGAUGGUACACGCUAAACCCAGUGCAGAGGAGAUCUUGACUGGCAUGUUUGUUCCCAAAUUGAAUGGGCCACGGGCCACCAGUGAUGCCAUUGCUCUUUUAGGAGCUCUCAUCAUGCCACACAAUCUUUUUCUCCACUCAGCACUGGUUAUGUCGAGAAAAAUCCCUUACACCUUAGAUGGCAUCAAGAGUGCAAGCAAGUGCUUUUUGAUAGAAAGCGGGUUAGCAUUGUUCCUAGCGUUCCUCAUCAAUGUGGCAGUCAUAUCUGUUAGUGGUAGCGUGUGUUCCAAUCCAAUUAUAUCUCCAGAAAACAAAGCUCAAUGCAAGAAUAUCACUCUGGAGUCUGCAGCUUCCUUGCUUAAGAAUGCCCUUGGAAAUUGGAGUUCGAAACUUUAUGCCAUAUCCUUGCUUGCUUCUGGUCAGAGUUCAACUGUCACCGGAACCUACGCUGGCCAGUACAUUAUGCAGGGUUUCUUAGAUUUGAAGAUAGAGCCCUGGUUGAGAAACUUAAUAACAAGAUGCAUAGCAAUUACUCCAAGUUUAGUGGUAUGCAUUAUCGGUGGAUCUCAGGGAGCUGCAAGCCUUAUCAUUAUUGCUUCUAUGGUCUUAUCAUUUGAACUACCAUUUGCAUUGGUUCCUCUCCUAAAGUUCACCAGCAGCGAAGCAAAGAUGGGUCCCCAUAAGAACUCAACAACGGUAAGUCGUGUUUCAUGGCUUUUGGGAUGUUGCUUAAUUGGGAUCAACCUAUACUACUUAAGUACGACUAUCAUAGGAAGGAUAACAAGUAAGCAGACCUCAAAAGCCGGAUCAAUCCUCACAGGUGUACUAGCUUUUCCAGCAAUGAUGCUUUAUGUCUCAUUAUUGGCAUACUUGACAUUUAAAAGAGAGAAAUCUACUGAGAGCUCCCCUAAUUUGAUGAUGAGUACUAUUGAAACAAGAAGCUGAGACAAACCGUUGACAAUUUGGAGAGCAGAAUAAGGGAGAUAGCUUACUACUAGUUGUAGACCUACAUGAUGCUUAU